AUGUCUCCUAUUAAGGGUCCUGGAGCUGUGCAGAGCCAUGACGGCUCUGGGCUGCGUGUUGCCAUUAUUCACGCACGAUGGAAUGCAACCAUUAUUGAUCAGCUGGUGGCUGGAGCCAAGAAAAGCUUGCUGGCUGGCGGCGUGAGUGAGGAUAACAUUACCGUCCAGACUGUUCCUGGCAGCUACGAAUUGCCUCUUGGUGUGCAACGGUUGUAUGCUGCCUCCCAGGUUCAGGCGAGCUCCUCCGGCGAGGGCAUCAGUGCCACCGACCUCUUGUCAGCCUCCACCUCUGAUCUGAGCAAAUCAGCCACUGUCUCGCCCAAGAAGCCCUUUGAUGCCAUCAUUGCGAUUGGAGUUCUGAUUAAGGGUGCGACAAUGCACUUUGAAUACAUUGCCGACGCCGUGAGCCACGGACUGAUGCGAGUUCAACUGGAUUCCGGCAUCCCGGUUAUCUUUGGUUUAUUGACCGUUUUGACUGAGGAGCAGGGCUUGGAGCGAGCAGGAUUGGGUAACAGUGGGAUGCACAACCAUGGCGAAGAUUGGGGUAGUGCCGCUGUUGAGCUAGGUGUGAAGAGACGCGAUUGGUCGGAGGGCAAGAUUUUGUAA